GCGGCGUGUGCCCACAACUCCGAGUUUCCCGGAGGCGGACAGUGUGGAGUCUCCAGCUCCGUCCCGCCCGCCCGCUCCGGCCCGUCCGCCCCGCGCGCUGUCCGAGUCCUGCAAACCCAAGGCGCCAGGGUUGGACGACUGAGUUCCCGGAUUCUGCAGCACAGUUCCCGGCGGCUGCUUUACAGAGAUGCCUGGAAGGAGGGCUCGUAAGAGCGCUCAGCAGAGCCCGACGCGGGCCCCGGCAGAUCCUGAAGUUGAGUGUGCCAUUCAGUUCAGGAGAAUUGGAGACAAACUGAAUUUCCGGCAGAAACUUCUGAAUUUGAUAUCCAAACUCUUCCGCUCAGGAACCUGACUUUAGAAGCUUUCGAAUGAAGAAUGAAGAGACUCCUUUCAAACGGAAGAUUCCCCAGUAAGUGCAAAUUUCAUCAAUUAGAGGAGAGACUUCCUUGUAAUGGAGACGAACAACGUGAAGGAGCUCUCACUUGCUUUCAGAUGCCCUCGGAAACGAAGAUGGAUACAUCAAAAAUGAAUUGUUGUUGGAGGUUUUCCAGAAGUCAUCGUUUGGGAUGUGAGAACAUUAGAAAACACUUUGUUUAUUUUAAAACAAGAAUGGAAGAGCUUUGCAAAUAGGAAAUUCAUUAUUUAUACAUUUUGGGUUUGCUUGGAGACUUGUUCUAGUAUUUUUGCUAAAGGUUGCUGCCCAGUAUAUGAGGAGUUGACAAAUGAUUAGACUAUGGGCAGAGGCCAAGAAACAGAACAUGUUCAGUGUUUGUUUCUACUUUUGGAUGACAACUCCAGAACAAUGUAUAAUCUGGUUUAUAUAUAUUCUCUUGUUAAAAGUAAAAUUUCUUUCUGAGAACACUGAAUGUCAUAGUGAAUGUUGAUUUCAUAGGUCACUACAAAAUAUAAACUAAUUUGAUAGUUUCCUUUUACUCAAAAUGUAUGGUUUCUGUUCAGAUGACCUUUUAUUAAAUGUGUUCCUAUGGGCCUUAACUGGGAAAUUAUAUGUUGAAAAAAUUUGAAGUGUUACUUGGUGCCAGUGGAAUUCUUGCAGGUUGAAUAUUAAAAGAUAAAGAAGCAUGGGGAUUUUUGCAUAACCGCGAAUAAUGAAAAAUAAGUGACAGAUAUUUUUUUUUACUGCUGUAAUUAUAACUUAGUAAAACAAAUAUUCUGACGUAACUGUUGGUAAGAAAAUAAAGGUGUUUCUAAAGAAGUUUCUAAAAUCUGUAAAUGUCCCUUCUCAUACUAGUCAGUGUGCAUUGUAUAAGAUUGAUCUUUUAAGAGAAAUUAAGCAUGUUUUCAUAUUUGGGAUACAUAUAUGUAUUUUUAAAGAACAGAUUGCUCAUCCAGAAUGAAAAUCCCAUUUAUAUACAUAUACAUAUAUUCAUCUGAAGA